AUGGGCAGUGGCUUGCUAUCGAGCGAGGUGGCACCCCUCCUGCAGAGGGUACAUAACGAGCAGGGACAUUUCUCGUUCAAGAUCGUACAGGACAAGCUCCGAUCCAAGGUGUACUGGCCUUUUAUAGCAAGCGACAUUCGAGUCAGUGGAUUGCACUUGGAAGCGCAGGACGACAAGAUCAUCAAUCUGGUAAAUACUGUCACUGCUUUGUUUGAAACCACCUUGCGCGGUAACAAGACUGCGCCGACCCAUCAGGAUGAUCAAGAACCCAUGGCGUGCGCGGCAGCUAUCAUAAUGGACUGCAAGGCUCUGGAGUUGACUUGCCUCUUCCAAAAGGGAGACUGGGCAAGCAUUACCUCAUACAUCGACACGAUUGCUGGCCGAGACAUAGCCCGGUAA